AUGUCUACCGAAACGAGCAUACCAGAGGUAUCGCAAACCGAGCGUCAUGGAUACCUCUUCGGCCACCCAAUUGCACACUCGAUGUCGCCUUUACUACACAAGACCGUAUAUGACAACUUAGGAUUAAACUGGGCACAAUACCCUCUGGAGUCAAGAGACAUGAGCCUGUUCCUAGAAUUAGUCAAACAUCCUCAAUUCUACGGAGCCUCGGUAACAAUGCCCCACAAGGUCGCUAUACUGAAGCACCUCGACGGUCUCACAGAAGAGGGAAGGGACGUAGGCGCGGUAAACACACUCUUCAUCCAAGAAGAUGCUUCUGGAAACCGGUUAUACAUGGGCACCAACACCGACGUAAUAGGCAUAAGGGAUGCCUUCGCAUACAACGUUGAGCCAGCCAAGUUUGAGAACAGACCAGCGUUAGUGAUCGGCGGAGGCGGUGCAGCAAGAAGUGCAGUGUACGCGUUAAGGAAGUGGAUGAAAGCCAGUGCCAUAUAUCUCGUCAACAGAGACCCUUCAGAAGUCGAGGCAGUGAUCAGUGAAUGCACAGCUCGCGGAUACGGCGAUUCCCUCGUCCACGUCUCCACCAUCGCACAAGCACAAAGCCUAGAGGGUGUCGGUGCAAUCGUAGCCUGCGUACCAAACUUCACACCCGUCACACCUGCCGAGAUCGAGGCACGGCAAGUCCUCGAAUGCUUCCUGGCGAAAUCACACAAGGGAGCGUUGUUGGAGAUGUGUUACCACCCGACCACUUGGACGGAGAUCGCGGAGAUAGGGAAACAGAAUGACUGGCAGAUCGUGCUAGGAACAGAGGCAUUGAUAUACCAGGGACUGGAACAAGACCGGUAUUGGACCGGAAAGGCGGUAGCUGACUUACCAGUCGAGCAGGUGCAAGAAGCUAUUGCCAGGAAGCUGAAUGAGGCAAGGUUGUAG